AUGAAGGAAUAUACAGGCAAUAGAUCUGUUCCUACUACAAUACAAAAUAAAAAAAAAAGUAUCACGGAAGAAAUAAAUAAAAGCUUACAUACACAAGAUUCAAAAAAUAAUCAAAAUAAUUAUGAAAUUUGUUUAAGCGAUGUUUCUGUUUCUACAAUUUCUAAUAGUUCAGGAAUUGAUUCAGAUUUGUAUGAAGAAGUUAUAAAGAAAAUUAAGAAAGAAAAAAAAAGGAAAAGGAAAGAAAGCAAAAGGGAUAUAUAUAAGGAAAAAGUAAAGUAUGACAAGAAAGAAAGUAAUAGUAAUGAUGAAAAUAAGAAUGAUCGAGGAAAUGAAAAAGAUAGAAAAAAUAAUAGUGAUAUAGAAAAUAAUAGCGAUAGUGAAUAUAUAAAUGAUAAAGAAAAAGAUAGGAAAAAAAGAAAACACAUAGACAUUGAUAAAAAAAAGAGAAACAAAGAAUCACACCAUCAUGUUAACAAAAAGAAAGAUAAAAAUAUAUCCACAAGGAAAAAAAGAAAAUAUACAUCCUCAUUAAGUUCAGAAAGUUAUGAAAGGAGAAAAGAUAAAAAGAAAAAAAAAGAAAAAUAUAGAAACUCGGAAUCUAGUUAUAAAAGUAUGGUUGAUGAGAAUAUACCAAAGGAUCCUUUUAAUCCUUUAUUAUUGGCCUAUGAAAAGAAAGAAAAGAAAAAAUACAGAAAAAAUGAUGAACAUAAUGAUUUAAAUGAUAGAUGGAAACAUGAUAGAUACGAAAACACAUCAGAUGAUGAAGAUAUUAAUAUUGAGAAAGCUUAUGAAAAUUCAAAACCUUAUUUUGAUCCACAUGAAUUUCCGAAAAUUUUGUGGAAAUCAAAAGCAGGAGGAGUUUGUGUACCACAAAUAAGCGAUGACAAAAAAUGA